AUGCAUUCAUCAAAGUCAUCAGUUUUAAUUUCAUUAUUUUUCCUUGGUGUUGCACUAUGUUUUUUCAUUGUUGUCAUUCUACUUAUUCUUCUCUUGAGGUUGAUCAAGACUGAGACUUUGCUCAAGAUUAUGCAUUAUAAGGAUAGCACACAAGUUGUAAAUCAUUUAAGUAGUAAUCUCCAUGCAAUUAGCCAUUUUGAUUUCCAAACUCUAAAGAAAGCAACAAAAGAUUUCAAUCAAAAGAACAAGCUUGGAAGUGGAGGUUUUGGUCCUGUUUAUCAGGGAGUGUUGGAUGAUGGGAGAGUGAUUGCUGUGAAACAAUUAUCUGUUGGAAAAUCAAAGCAAGGUGAAUCUGAAUUUCUUGCCGAAGUGAAGAUGAUCACAAACAUUCAGCAUAAAAAUCUCGUUCGAUUGAUCGGUUGUUGCUCAGAAGGAUCACAGAGACUUCUUGUCUAUGAAUACAUGGAAAACAAAAGCUUAGACACCUUAAUUUAUGGAGGCAAUGAAACAGUAACAUUAAGUUGGAACACUAGGUUUCAGAUAAUUCUCGGUGUUGCUCGAGGUUUACAGUAUUUGCAUGAGGAUUCACAUUCGAGAAUUAUUCAUCGAGAUAUCAAAGCGAGCAAUAUUCUACUUGAUGGUAAGUUUCAGCCGAAAAUUGGUGAUUUCGGUCUCGCAAAAUUCUUCCCUGAAGAUCAGGCUUAUCUCAGCACAAAAGUUGCAGGAACACGAGGUUAUACUGCUCCUGAAUAUGCAAUUAGAGGAGAAUUAUCAGAAAAAGCAGAUAUUUACAGUUAUGGAGUUCUUGUUCUGGAGAUCAUAAGUUGCAGAAAAAACACAGACCAUGAAUUGUCAUCAGAACAACAGUAUUUGCCAGAAUAUGCAUGGAGACUUAACAAGCAAUCAAAAUUGAUUGAUUUAGUGGAUGAGAAACUAAAAACAGAGGAGAAUUUUACUGAAACUGAAGUUCUCAAUGUGUGUUACAUUGCAUUGUUAUGUCUCCAAUCUGAACCAAAUUUAAGGCCUGCAAUGUCUGAAGUAGUUGGCAUGUUGGUUAGCAAGAAUAAACCAACAAACAUUCCCGAAACACCGGCUUUUCUAAAUCAUCGAUCACCGACAAACAGUAAUGCUGUUGUAUCCAAAGAUCUUUCUUCUUCAACUUCAUUAUCCAUUUCAGUAUUGCAAGAUGUUUCUGCAAAUGCUCAUAGUCAACCUGAAAACCAUGAAACAUAA